AUAGCCCGAAGACAGACCUAGCGGCCCGCGAACAGAGCUCUCUCACUCACCAACAGAACGGAGGCUGCGGCGGCGGCGGCGGCGGCUGAGAGAUUUCGCAUCGGCGGCGGCGCGCGUGAAGGUUUCUUUCUGUUAGGUCAUCACAAGGAAAAUGGCAAGCAGAGCAGGUGGAGACGGCAAAGAACCCAUAAAUGAGCAAGUAGUUGCAAACACUUAUGCCAACAUGCGCACUGAAAUGAACCAACUUUACACCAAGAUCACGGAGCUGGAAAUGGAAGUCAGUGAGCACUCCCUCGUGAUUGGCGCGAUAGAGCCCCUGGACCCCACAAGGCGAUGCUACAGAAUGAUCGGCGGAGUCUUGGUUGAGAGGACCAUCAAGGAAGUCUUGCCUGCCGUGAACCGCAACAAGGAGGGCCUUGAAGAGGUCGUCGCUCGCAUGAAGGAGGCUCUGGAGAGGAAAAAGAAAGAGAUCACCGAGUUUGAGCUCAAGUACAAGAUCAGGAUCCGGAAGGGCGAUAACAGUGCCGAGGAAGAAGGCAGCAUGAAGGAAGCCUCUGCGCAGGGUGUUCUUGUUGGCCCUGCAGGCCAGUAGAGCAGAAUGACAGGACAAGGAGGCUUGCAUAGUUCAUUAUCGAAGACUCUGUACCAGAUGUCAACCUGACAUAGUGAUUGUGUGUUUCUGGGUGCAGAUUGCUCGUUACUGCCGAAUCCUCGUGUGUAAAACUAGAGAUUGUGCUGGAUCAGAACUUUGUUGGUAACUACAGAUUUUUCUCAGACUUCUGCGUCCUUUAUCAAUUGUCAUCCUUCUGUUUCCGUGCCUCAGAAUUUUCCUUGUGUUGAUGACAUGCUUUGAUUCAAGAUGAAUUUCAUCGAAAUUUUACGGCA